AUGUCCAGAACGACGCCUACUAACGAAACUCGUGUUUUACCAGGUGACGAGUGCAAGCCUGUUUGUCGCAAUUGCAAGGCCAAAAACUUUACCUGUCAAUAUCCUGCCUUGACCUUUAUCACCACUUCGCAUGAAAGGACUGAACCUCUUGAUAAUACUCGAAGUGGUUAUAGAGCAAUCAAGUUUGUCCAGAACCCCAGUUUCAGAACUUCAUCCAAAGGCGGUACGCGGCAACCCUUGCACGAAGUUCAACACGACGAGAUUGGAUUAGAAAUCGACACAGAGACCGAUGGCAGCCCUCCUAGUAUCUCACAGGAAAUUCCUGUCCUCUCGAUGAGCCAGGUCGAGACGACAUUGACGCCAAGCGAGCUGUUCACAUUGUCACCGGGAGCUGCUGCAGACAUCCAAGGCACGACGUCUUAUGAUGGAGGCAUCAAACCACCAAGUGCAGACAUUUCGUCUUCGUGCGCCGUGGAUGUCAGCAGCACCAUAGCGUCUCCCUCGUGCACGCAACAAGAAUCGCCACCGACCGUUACGGCGAGCCGACUACUUCAGUCUGCUGAUCCUCCGACAUCUAACAAGAAUCUUGAAACCCUCCUCGUAUGCCACUUCCGAUACAUUUUGGCGCCACUUAUCGAUGCUGGCGACCAUAAGGGUCCAUUUGGUGUCUCGGCCGUACUGCUUGCUCGAGAACAUCGUUCAAUCAUGGUGGCAAUUUUGGCGGCUUCGGCUUCCCACCGUGCCAUUCUCUCGCCAUCGACCAAGAGUCAGGAUCUUGCGCACAGUCAUCAUUACCGACAAGAGGCAGAAGUCAGGCUGGCAAAUGAAGCCAGCUCGAUUCAACUCUUAGGACGAAUUCUAUUGCGCCUCGAUUUGUUUUUUCGACCAGGGCCGAGCCAGUGGAAGGACUGCCUCUCAAAUAUAAAUAUGGAUAUCAAUGCUUUGGCUUCCCAAGCACCUGCUGGGCGAUGCUGGGAAUCGCUUUUAUGGUUCUGUUUCAGAAUAGGUCUGCUUUUCCCCUUUUUUGGCUCCCCAAAACCCCGCAAAGAUGUGGAAUGGCGAAGAGAAACGAACAGGGGCUAA